AUGUCUUUAAAUUGGCGAUCGCAAAUGCCACGCUCAUUUUACCGCGAUAUUCUCGGUACGAAAGUCUUGCGUCAUGAAGAAUUCGCUGAUGGUUGUGAGGCGACUUGUAUUAGACCGUAUAACCGGUGGAGUAAGACUAUGGUUGGUUAUGUGAUCCUGUUCAAAAAGGUGACACUUGCCAGUACAAAUCUUGAAAAGAUCCAUCAUUGGCAUAAGUUACUUGGUUUGGACAUUUAUCAUCAGGAGAAAAAUAAAGUCACUGUGGGAUUUGCUCCUGAGCAAGCAAAAUUGGAAUUACAAACUUAUAGUCAAAGCUUCUCGCUAAUGAAACUGUUUUUAAACUCUUUGAUUUCCUUAGACACUCCGAAAGCCACAGUUCGUGGUAAUCCUUUUGCUGAUCCCGACGGUCAUGAAAUCUGCUUUGUCGACGAUGAAAAUUACAGGAAACCGUGUUUUGAUCCCGAAGGUGAGAACCUCGAUAGAUACAUGAAAAAAAGAUCUUAG